AUGGCUGAGUUGCUUGACCCCGAAAAAGACUACUUCUUCACUUCCAGCUCUAGAGUAAUAUCGUGCAACGAUCACAGCUCCCGAGGACAAAAGAAGUGUCUAGAUCUUGUGCGCGGUUGUGAAGAUUCUAAUGUCUUGAUCCUUGACGAUACUCGAGAGGCAUGGACAAAGGUAUAUCAGGACAAUUGGAUAGUAAUAAAACGAUAUCAUUUCCUCAAAUACAGUUCUCAAACAAUGUGCCUCAAUAACCGCAAGUCUCUCGCCGAGUUGAAGACGGAUGAUUAUGUUGAACAUAUUCUUCAGCUUCUUAAGCAAGUGCACGCUACAUUCUUUGUUCAUAAGCUGCCCAACAACAAUAAUUUUGGAAAGGAUGUAAGGCAGAUAUUUUUACUAGAAUCAAUAAUAUUUGGAAAAUGGCAGAGGAAUUGGGGGCAACUUGUUCAACUCAAGGGGAUGAACCAUCAGUCACCCAUGUGGUUGCAACAUAUACUCGAACGUAAGAAUUCUCUUCCAGCAGUGAAGAACAAAAAGCUGUUGGUCCGCCGAGAAUGGGUUGAAUCUUAA